AUGAAAAACAAGCUCGCUGCCCUGCCAGGGCUCCAAGCUGCCGCGGCGCUGUACCUCGCGCGUGCCUCCGAAGCAAAGGUAUUUUGCGCGGACACAAACCGCACCGUCGUCCCCGACGCGAACUGUGCUGGCGCCGAGACCUCCGGCCAAUUCUUCGUUUUCGGAAAGGACGUUACCGACAUGGCCCCGGGCACCCAGGUCGAGCCGGAUAUCAACAUUUACGACGCCUCAGACGCGAUCAUGCGCCAGAACGCAAGAUUCCCUCCGCCACCACGUGCUCCUGCUCCUCAAAAGUCUGGCAGUUUGGUUUUGCGGGAUGACGACUAUUAUUGUGACCAAGAC